CCCACUGAAAUACACGCACGCGCGCGCGCGCGCAUUCUCGCGUGACCCAGGUGCUUCCUGGUGCUUCAUUGCAGGAUCACAGCCAGGGGAACCGAAACGGUCAGCAGCGCGUCCAGGAAGCGUCAGUGGGGAGCACGCGCGCCGACAGAUAGAGGAAUGCAGCAGUUUCCGCGACCGUCCGUCAGGUAGCCGCGAAACUAGAAGGUUCGCAGGCAGCGCGCGUGGCUCGGAGUGCGCGACGGUGUUUUAUUUUCCCGCCGUCGGCGCGAGCAGCUGCUGACGCGAUGCUUUAGCCAUGGACAGCAGGAUAAACGAGAAUCCUGAGAGAACAUUUGAUUUGGCACUUCAGGUUGCAUGUCCAUCAUCUGAAAAUGAAGAUCCGACAGUGCUGUGGAAGUUCCCUCAGGACUUUGGAGACCAGGAGGUCCUGCAGACAGUGCCUAAGUUCUGCUUCCCAUUUGAUGUGGAAAGAGUGUCCCAGACUCAGGUGGGCCAGAACUUCACGUUUGUGCUCACAGACAUUGACAGCAAGCAGAGGUUUGGUUUCUGUCGGCUGACGUCCGGCUGCAGGGUCUGCAUCUGUUUGCUCAGCUAUCUUCCAUGGUUUGAGAUUUACUAUAAGCUGCUAAAUACCUUUGCAGACUACUUAUCAAAACACCAGGAAGAUGACUUGAACGACAUGUUGGAAACGCUGCACAACCACCCUGUGCCAAAGCCGAAUAUGCCAGUAAAUCUGAGUGUGAGCAACCACUUACAUUUUGCCAAUGGGCAAGUAGUGCAAGAUCCAGGAAGCAUACAGUCGCAUUCAUACUUCAUAGCUCCCGACAUUAAUGGACUCCCCACCAUACCUGAAAGUAGAAAUUUAACUGAGUACUUUGUAGCAGUGGAUGUGAACAACAUGUUGCACCUCUACGCCAGCAUGCUGCAUGAGCGACGCAUCAUCAUUACCUCAAGCAAGCUUAGCACUUUAACUGCAUGCGUGCAAGGGUCCACCGCUAUGCUCUACCCUAUGCAUUGGCAGCACAUCUUCAUCCCUGUACUUCCUCCUCACCUGCUGGAUUACUGCUGUGCGCCCAUGCCAUAUCUGGUCGGAGUUCAUCUCAGCCUUUUAGAGAGAGUAAAGAGCAGAUCCCUGGAGGAUGUGGUCAUUCUGAACGUGGACACAAACACCCUAGAAAGCCCCACAGACGAUCUGCACAACCUGCCCAGUGACGUGGUCUCCAGUCUGAAGAGUAAGCUGAAAAAGCAGUCGACUGCUACAGGCAGUGGGGUGGCUCGGGCCUUUCUGCAUGCUCAGGCUGCGCUGUUUGGCUCCUAUCGGGAUGCCCUGAGAUAUAAACCUUCAGAGCCAUUUCAAGAGAAAGAAAGGCUGAAAGAAAGGGAAAAACAGGUGCAGGGAAAGGGAGAGCCAAUCACCUUCUGCGAGAAGAGCUUCGUGGCACACCGCUCCAGCACCAUGAGAAGUUUCCUUGAGAUGGCCGUGAACCUGCAACUCUUCAAGCAGUUCAUUGAAGGCAGACUGGCCAAAUUAAACGCAGGAAGGGGCUUUACAGACGUCUAUGAAGAGGAGAUCACAGAGGGGGGCUUCUGUGGAAGUAAUUCAAGGUCUUAUCAACAGUGGAUUCACACCAAGAUGCGGCAGAGGGCAAAACCAGUCGUGAAAAACCUUCAGAUGGCCAAAAAUCAUGCAAAGCGGAAAAUACGUGACAUGAAGGACAAGAUUACACAAAAGGACGCUGAAGAGGAGGAAAGCCCGUACUGUGCAGGUUCUCCCACCAGCACUAAAAGCCUCUCACCCAGGAGACUUCAGAGGAGAGAGCAUCAAAAUCCAAAGUCGUCCCCACACAUGAGCCUCUACUUUCCAGACAAUUACAACGACAACAAUGACGACACAGCCAGCAGAAUAUCCUCUGAGGACAGCGGGGAGGUGCCGUCAUACAACGAGGACAGUGAUGACUCUGAUUUAGAGUUUCAGUCUGAAGCCACUCAAACAGGCCAGAUGAACCUGCUGGAGGAGAUUUUGGACUCUCUCAGUACGUCCCACAUCGAGCAAGGGCGAAUGUCUGCUGCCAAGAGCCUGGACUUCUUCAGAUCAAUCGAAGACCUGGACUACAGUUCCACGAAAAAUUGCAAAUCCCCUUUGGGAAGUAGCCCUGCUCAGGCUGGUUGCGAAGUAGGAAACGGAGAACAAGGUGGAUGGAAUAUGGGUCAAGACGACAGUGCCGUUCACGGUAAGCAUCUCCCGCCUUCGCCUCGACGCCAAGCCAGCUGUCGUUCCCUGCCUCUCCAUCCUACCCUUCCCAAUAACCUUGCCAACGAAGAAGUCCCACUGAGGCACUCUCUUCCUGAGUCACCUACAAUUCAACUCUUGGCACCUGGUGAUGCUGACAAACCUACCAGUUCUGCUGACGCCCAGCUGAGCCCCAACACCCAGCACCCAGGAGCAUGCAGCCUCUCCCGACAGAAGGUCCUUUCCAGAAAAACCCAGAGGCCCCACCAGGAAAAUGCCCAGCACAGGGCAACAGGCGGGCAACCUUCGGUCUUUGUACCUUGGGAGAGGGAAAACCAGUCCCAGGAGACAGAUAUGGAAAACAGAGGGAAUGAGAAAGGCUUGCUAGAGGAGAUCGAGUCCAUGUGUCGCAUCAGCAUGGCCAUCAAAAGCAACCAGGAGCUUACACAAAUUCAAAACAACACCAGCCUGGACAAAUCCUGAGAAACUGACUAACACUCCCAUCUAACAAUUCUCGUUUCGUAUUUACGCUGUCUUCUGAUGUCACACCAGCACUCUUUGCAUGAAUUAUUUGCAAAGGUGUUUUGUAGUUAAUAUGAAUGAUCGGUCCUCUUAUUUCUCACAUUCAGUCCGAAACCACAAACGGUAUAAGAACUGGUGGAUGGAAAUGACGAAAAUUAGGUUUAAAGGGAUUUAUGUCAAUAUUCAUCAUCCAGUUUUAUUUCAGCAGAUGAUUUGCACUUGCGUAGUUUCAAAUCACUGUUUCGAUAAAUCACUGUGGGUGAGGGGCGAACUUCUCUGUAUACUUUACUAAAUCGUAUGAAAAUAUUUAAAUAGUGAGCGAAUCUCAGCUUAAUUUGAUGCCUUAAACAGAUUUCAUUUGCUUCUGACUGUGACACUGUAGCUGGCUAGCUUGCUAACUACUAUCACUACCUUUUGCAUGCGUCUUAAAGAGAGAGAUUUAUCUAGGCCAGAUGAACAACUGGUUCUCAAUUUGCUGUAUUUUUGAAGAGAGAAAAAAUAUUUUUUUCCAAGACAAUUCUCAGGUUUCUGCUUUUAUCCCUGAUAAGAUGUUAGUAUUUAAAUGCAGCAUAGACAAUAAUCCAAAUUACAUUUUUUUUUUCAAAGGACUAAUAGCCUGAAAAAUGACUUUUUGGUGCAAACACAACUUGUUACUGACAAAUAAAUUUAUAUUUUAAACCCCUUAAUGAUCUUUUAUUCAGUACAAAGUUCAGGCCCAAAAUAUACUCUACAGAAGUACGAGAACACAAAUGCACAAGUUGUGAAAUUUAUAACAUAACACAAGUACAUGUUGCAUUCUCAGCGUUGCCACAAGGGGUGCUGUAGCAGCUUUAGUUAGGUGCAUCCGAAAUCACAUACUGUCUGAGUAGGUACUACAUACAUUUGAUGAGGAAUGAACUUUGAAACCUUCAUAAAAAGUGUGUUAGAGUAUGAAUGUGUGUAGAAUGAAUGAAAUUACAUUCUACAUCCGCCAUAUUGUCGUCAUCACUGUUCACUGCCAUUCACAAAUCUUCUCCUGUGGCCUCAUGGGAUAGUAAAGUGUCCAUCAGAUGCAUACUUCAGAAUCUCGCCCAAAGUAGUAGGACGUCCUGGUACUUUUCGCUCAAUGUUUUAUGAAUACUCUGAAUUCGGAUGUACUACUCGUCUCAUGUACCUCUUUUUCGCCUACUAUAUAGUAGGGAAGUAUGCAUAUUCGGAUCAUCUAUGGCCAGAUUUCUCUUCUAUAUGAACUACUAUCUUUGUGGUUGAAAGAGAAUUUUGCUUGACAUUUGAACGUAACUAGACCCCUUUGCAUGUUAGAAUACAACAGAACUGCUUGCGAAAUUGUACCGAUUUUAGUCAUAGAAAUAUUUGGCUUGUCCUCUGUUUCACUCAUUUCAUUCACAUCAGCUGUAAACGUCACCUUCAAAGCUGUACUGCUACACCAAACAGGUAGUGGUCAUUAGAUCCAGCACUUGUUUCUUUAGUGGCUGAUGAAUUGUUCAGGCUGUUGAGCAGAGUGAUUUAGGACACGUGCCAUUUUGUCUGACACUUUAAUGACUCUCCUCACCCCUCCUGUGUAAUCUGUUGUGGUAACGAUGUGACCGUAAAAGCAUUCGAAGUUUUAGGACCCCUGUCUCAAAUCAAGCUAGGCUUUAGCUCAGAGCUGUCCUGAAACUAUAUACCCUUCGGCCUUUGAACAAAUCGGAUGUCCUGAUGAACUAUGCAAAUCCCAAUCAGUGUUAUCAAGCAACUUGUAUUACCAUUUGUUUAUUUCUGGUUAAAGACCGUAAGAAAUCAAAAUUAGAGUGUUGUGGCUAUUAGUCCAUGUCUAUUUUUGUUCGGUAGUACCCACAUGACAUGCAGGACAUGUAGUUGAUGUAACUGUCAAAACUGAUGGUACGUAUAUUUAAAAAAAAAAGAAAGAAAAAAAAGAAUAAAAAUUAAAUGCAAGUAGCGUCACCUUAAAAUAGCUAUUCUUUUCACUUUAAAAUGCUAAUAGUUUUUGCCUACAUUGCUCAAAGUAUUUCCUGUAAAUGGAAGGAUCACAUUUAAGUGUACUAUUUUUAACAAUCAGAACUUAAGGGAACUUCUGAAAAGAAAUUUACCCCUAUCCUCUAUUUAAAUACAAGGUUGUGCCUUAACUGAGUUCAUCUGCUUGAGUGGCUGCUUCCUACAUAGGCAGCUUCCUUCAAACUCAUAAAUGAAAUCUCAUACCUGACUGAUUUAAGUCACUCUACAUAGACAGCAACUCUUUAUGUGUGGUUAUAAAAGUACGGUCUCAUUAGUAACAUUUUGGCGAAUUUUGCAGGCAAAAACGUUCCAUCUAUUGUCGAUAGUGUAGUGAUGUGUGGUCACUUUCAAACCAAGCAGCAUUCUGUUGGUCCACACGGCAAAUCCAAAUGACUACCUUGAACCUUGAAUCUUGAAUCUUGAACCUUGAAUCUUGAAUCUGCAUAGGGGAACUUUUUCCACCCUCAUGCGAAAUUCCAGAACGCGUAGAUUUCUGUGGGAAGGACUGGAUUUCGUCCUCAAAAAAAAAAAAAAAAAAAAAAUCACAGAACAAUGGUAAAUGUGACCGCGCCUUUAUGCACAUACAGUAAUGCUGUCUAGGUAGACAGCUCGUGGGGUUUUGGAACAGAGCUCAUAUUUAUCACAGGUACUUUAGUAUUUUUAUUUAUGAAUGGUUUCUAAAUCGCAUAAUAUUGGUAUUUGAACCAAAACCUGAAAUACCUACUAAGAAUGUCAGAAAACCUUUUUUUUUUUUUUUUUUUUUGCCUAAUAACCCGUUUAUUGGUAUUUGGUUAAUGCAAGAAAGACCAUCAGCCUCUUCAAUACCAAUCAAGCACACAGGACCUCAGCCGCAGUAUCUCAGAAUGGUCAUGUGAUCAGUUUUACAUUUUCUUUCACUGCAUAUUUUUGUCGUUAUUAUUUUUGAUACUGUGUAAUUGAAAAACAUGUAUGGUUUGGUUUGUUGUUGUCGUCCAUGUGCUCUGUAUUUUGAAUGGCUUCUUGAUAUUUCUUUGGUAAUGACUGAAAAUUCAGAAUAGCUAGAAUUUUGCCUUGUAAAGGUAUUUAACCCUUUUCUAUAUCUAAUUUACAUUUGUUUUCUUUUUAUUAAAGUAGAGAAAAUACAAUUAAUUUGAAUGUUAUUUAGCAUUAUUUGAAAUUUGGUCACAGUUCACAGCAUUGAAACUACCAAGUGUUUAUUUUUAAAGUUUUUUAAAGGAAACCUGUACGAGAAACAUUAUUUUUGCAAUUUUGCUCGGUUACAAUAAAUUUGAACUAGAUACUGUUCACCAGCUGUUUAAAAUUAAACACUACUUGAAACUAGAUAGUAAGCACAUAAAUUGAGGAACAUGCUAAAAUCUUUUUUUGCUUCUUUCCUGUUUACAUAUGCUCUUGUUAUUGAUGUGCAUUUUCGUUGCAAGUUCUAUAGUAUUUUUGGUAAUGCUGGGAAUUCUUUUAUGAUGCAUGAGCGCUCUUCUUUUAGUCAAUAAAGAAAUAUGAUGUCAACUUCUAUCACCAUGGUACCAUUCAUAUGUUUUUACUUCGGAGUAUUGUGACGUUCUUCAUUUUCUGUCUGUUUUGCUGUUGAAUUCUUUUGUAAAUUGAGUAAUGAGCUGCUGUAGCUGAAUCACUGGACUCUCCAGAAUGUGCUUUUGAAUGUUCUACACAACGCAACAUUUUUUGUUACACAAAAAAGUCUGUACAGCUGAUUUUAUUCAAUAUAAUGAUAGACACACCAUUCUUGCUUCACUUUCUUGAAUGUUUCCUGGUACGUACAUGGAAUCAUCAUGUGAUCAGUUUAGUUUGUGGUGGUUGAAGUACUUUUGAGUGAAUGAAGUUGGAUGGUAGAACUCUGCUGCAUGCUUUCAGUACAGUUAAAUCGUUUUUAAAUGCAAAUUAGGUCAGUCUGAUGUGUUGUUACAGGAACUACUGGUACCACUGUAUGCACUGUGAACUGAAAUAAAUUAUAUGUCCAUACAA